AUGGUGGAUAAUAUUGUCAGUUCUCGCUCACCUGAUACUAGAGGCUAUAAGGAAGGUGAUGAAGAUAAUGAAAAAUACACCUCAAACUUCAAAGACUCGGAUCCUCCUGAGCUUGCCGAGGUAAAAGAGCUAAGAAAGGGUCUCCAACAAAGGCAUAUUCAAAUGAUUGCGUUGGCGGGUACAAUUGGAACAGGACUUUUUCUUGGAUCAGGUCGCGCAUUAGCUAACGCUGGGCCUGCUGGAAUCUUCAUGGGAUAUCUGUUCAUGGGAUUCUUGGUAUCUGGGGUGACGCUUUCAAUUGGAGAGUUAAGCUCUCUCGUUCCUCUGAGUGGAGGUGUUAUUCGCCCAGCAGCUUAUUUUGUUGAUCCGGCACUCUCUUUCGCACAAGGAUGGAACGUUACUUAUCAGUAUAUAAUCUCUAUCCCCGCCGAGAUUUCAGCAGCAUCGAUCAUUGUCCAGUAUUGGAUUACAGUAAACAAUGGGAUCUGGGUGACUGUUUUCAGUGCCAUUCUUCUUGCAAGCAACAUUUUUCUUGUCAGAAUAUAUGGAGAAAUCGAAUUUACAUUGGCAAUCUUGAAGGUUUGCUUAAUUGUUGGUAUGAAUAUUAUGGGUGUUGUUAUCACAGCGGGUGGAGGCCCUGAUCAUAAAGUCAUUGGUUUCAAAUACUGGCAAGAUCCCGGUCCAUUUGUGCAAUAUCUUAAGAUCCCAGGAUCAUUAGGUCAAUUCAUGGGGUUUUGGACAGUUUUUGCAAAUGCUGCGUACGCCUACUCCUCCAUAGAGACCAUAUCUAUGGCGGCAGCAGAAACGCAUGCCCCACGAAGAAAUAUUCCAAAAGCUGCUAAAAGGGUUUUCGUACGAGUGAUGCUGUUUUACGUUCCAUCAAAUGAUCCGAUGCUUCUCAGAAGCUCGGGCACUGCUGCGCAGUCACCUUUUCUGAUUGCAGCCACUCGAGCUGGAUGCUUGGAGCUCGGGAAAUUCAAGUAUGAUCCCCAUCCAACGAUAAAGAACGCUCUGCUAAGUGGUUCUCGAAUUCUCUAUGGUCUUGCUCGCGAGGGACUAGCUCCUCAGUUCCUUGCUCGCACCAGUCGCUGGGGUGUGCCAUACAUGGGUGUACUUGCCAUUGGAGUCUGGAUGGCUCUGGCGUACAUGUCUCUAAGUGCUACAGCAGCUACUGUAUUCACUUGGCUACAAGAUCUCGUCGCGUGUGCACAGAUCAUGAGCUGGCUUGUCAUUUGCACUACUUACCUACGCUUUUACUAUGCUAUGAAGAAACAAGGAAUCUCUCGAAACAGACUCCCUUGGAAGGCGCCUCUUCAGCCGUACGCCGCAUGGAUGACUUUGAUCUCACUUACCAUUAUACUAAUUACGGGUGGAUAUACUACUUUUAUCCAUGGGCAUUGGUCGACUGAAACAUUUAUAUCCGCUUACCUUGACAUUGGCAUCUUUGCGGCAUUUUAUCUCGGGUACAAGCUUUGGUAUAAAACUAAAAUCAUUUCAUUGGAUGACUCUCCUGUUGCACGAUUUGUUGAGAUUGCAGAGAAUGACCCUGAUCCACCCGAAGAGCCCAAAUCGAAAUGGUCUAUAAUCCAUAUUCUAUGGAGUUAG